AUGUCGAAGAUCACUGUCGCUGGAGUGCGGACUAAUGUCCAGGAGCUCCUUGAUUACAGCCAAAACACGAAGAAGAGGAACUUCCUUGAGACCGUAGAACUCCAGAUCGGCCUCAAGAACUAUGAUCCUCAGCGUGACAAGCGCUUCAGCGGCACUGUCAAGCUCCCGCGCGUGCCUCGUCCCAACAUGACCAUCUGCGUUCUCGGCGACCAGCACGACAUCGACCGCGCCAAGCAUCACGGCGUCGACGCCAUGUCCUCGGACGACUUGAAGAAGCUUAACAAGAACAAGAAGCUCAUCAAGAAGCUCGCCCGGAAGUACGACGCCUUCAUCGCCUCCGACACCCUGAUCAAGCAGAUUCCCCGUCUCUUGGGCCCCGGUCUCUCCAAAGCCGGCAAGUUCCCGACGCCCGUGUCGCACGCCGAGGACCUCGCCAACAAGAUCACCGAAGUCAAGUCCACGAUCAAGUUCCAGCUUAAGAAGGUCUUGUGCAUGGGUACCGCUGUUGGUCACGUCGAUAUGACUGAGGAUGAGCUGAUUGGCAACAUCAUGUUAUCCAUCAACUACUUGGUUUCGCUGCUGAAGAAGGGAUGGCAAAAUGUUGGGUCGCUGACGAUCAAGGCGUCGAUGUCGCCGCCAAAGCGUCUUUACUAG